AUGGAGGGAGUGGUCCGGGGCCUUCUCCUCCUGCUGGCAGGCCUGCCCGUCCUGGAAGCCAAUGACCUGGUUGAUAAAGGCAGUCCCUUCUACUAUGACUGGGAAGGCCUGCAGCUGGGCGGGGUGAUCUGUGCGGCGCUCCUGUGCAUCGCUGGAAUCUUGUUCGCCCUGAGUGGCAAAUGCAAAUGCAAGCAAGAUCAUAAGCACAGCUCCUUACCCGAGAAAGCUGUUCCACUCAUCACUCCAGGCUCUGCCAGUACCUGCUGAGCACAGGACCGGCUUCACGGCACUUCCUGCACCAGCUCCCAUACUGUCCCCUCCCCCUUGGGGGACUU